AUUAUUAGAAAUAACUUCAUCGAGCAAGGCCAUUACACAGCACGGUCGGUGAUCCUUCUCUGUCGUAGGGGUGUUUGAGCGUAGGCCGUAUGCUGGGGUCUAGGCAAUCGACGAUUGCUUCUACUAUUCUACAGUGAAGGCCAAGUGGACAGAUCCGACGCUAACAGAUUCCUUCGAAGACAAAUUGAAGCUAGCAACACCAAUUGGCAGAGGGGUCUAUGACUUUCCGUGUUUCCAAAGGUCACCGUGGAUCUGUGGUGGAUAGGGUUGGAAGGACUAAUAGCCAUACACUUGUUUUGGUAAAUUUGGCUUUCUUGAUGUUUGGAUGAAUGCUACACCAUUUGUGUUUGAUCCGGGUGGAACACCGGCGGUUUGCCGUUUUAUGGAAGGGGAGAAAUUAAAUUCCAAUAAGGUGGUUGAGGGAUUGGCACGCGUGAUCUGGUCGCCUCAGGUGGUGGAGGAAGAAGAUGACAUGAGGAAGCUUCGUCCCCGUCCUGAACUGCCGCCAUGGAGGAGUUGCGCGAGGUGGAACGGGCCUAGCCUCCAUCGGCUAGGGCAAAGUUUUGGCAGCGUAACCUUUACGCAGAUUUCCACGGCCGACGACGCCUCACUUCGGCAAAUGGCAGACGGAAUUCGCAAGGGAGCAGUAGGUAUUCCCCAAGGCUCGUGUAACAACACUUUCGACGAUCGUAUUCGUUUUCGAAUUGAAGCAAACGGCAUGGAGGGUGGGGACAACAAUGGCGUGGAAGCUUUGGCAAAAGCCUACGAUGAGAUGCUAGACUUGGAGGAAGAGGACGAGGUGCUAGUCGUUGCACCUAUGGCACAGAAUUCAGCGAAGCAUAAUCUGACCCUAGUGGGGACCAUUACAUCAGAAAAGUCGGUACGUUUCUCUCAGUUUAGAGAUAUUAUGGCAUCUGUGUGGAAACCCGAAUAUGGUGUUACUAUAACUGAAAUAAGCUCUAGACGAUAUGUGUUUCAGUUCUAUAAUGAGGAGGAUGUCAUUAGGGUUACCGAUGAGGGACCGUGGCUUUUUGACCAAAACUUGAUUGUUAUGAGUAGGCUUAAGGAGGGUGAUAUUCCCCUGUCUGUUCCACUAAAUAAAGCUGAGUUUUGGAUCCAAGUUCAUGAUAUCCCAGUGGGAUACUUCACUAUUGAGAAUGCGGAACGUAUUGGGAAUUUUUUGGGGACUUUUAUAAAAGCUGAUGAAAAUAAUUUCUCUGAGAAUUGGGAAUCUUUUAUGCGAAUUCGUGUUUGUAUUGACCUGGGGAAACCAUUGAAAAGGAAAUUAGUCUUGCAAAAAGAAGGAGUUAAUUUUCGUGUCAGAUUUUGCUACGAGAAACUGCCUAGUUUCUGCUUUUUGUGUGGAGUUAUAGGACAUGCUGAAAGCCAUUGUCCGCAUAUGCGAAGGAGCCAAGAAGUAACCGGCGAAAGGCCAUUUGGGCCGUGGCUUAGAGCUAUAAAAGGGGCUAAGCAGUGGAAGGAGAAUAAAUGGCUCGUUCCAGCUGGGAAAGGUUCCAAUUCUGAUAACAAAGCCAGGAGUGUAAAUAGCGAGGAGGGCGCGCGACCAGGUAUGAUGAAUGGUGGGCUCUCAUCACAAGAGAGAGGGUAUAUUGAGCAGAAACGCAGGUGUGUGGAGGCUUCAGGAGACUACCAGCUAGGUGACGAGAUGGAGCUAGAGCAUGCUGGGGGAAAAAACGGGGAGGAGGCGAGCUACGAACCUGUAGCUCGCCAGGCACAACACUGAGAAGCAUCGGUCGACCGCUUUGGGAAUUGAAUAAGGCAGAGAGCCAUGAAGACUUUAUUUAUGUUUGCUUUUUUCCUUUUAUCUUUCUCACUUUGUUUUUCUCGUUAUUCUGAACUCUAGUGGUAGGUUGGUUUUGAUUUUUUCUUGUUUGGUUUGGGAGGUUAGUUUUGGUGGAAGCGAUAAGGCUUGUUUGGCCGUUAAAAGCUUCGAAACUCUCACAUGGUUCGCGAAUAGUCUCGCUCCUUCUGGGGUGGUCUAUUCUAAGUCUAGCCAGAGAGUGGGGGGGCCUUUGGUCUAUGCGGAGCCUCAUGAGGAGGUUUGGCGUUACAAGGGGGAAAUAUGGUUAAAGUUUUGAUUGAGGAGAAUUGGC